AUGAUAUUUCUUAUGAAUUAAAAACCUUGUUUAGGAGAGGAGUAAGAUAAUGUUGAGGAAGAUGAGUUUGCUGGGAAUAGUCUUCAUUUUUAAGACCAAAGCGCUCGUAGCCAUAAUUAAAUAUUUGAAAAUGAUUAGAAAGGUAACAAAAAAGUAGACUUUUCUUUCAAUCAGGAAUUACUAAAAAGCUAGUUAAAUAUUGAUAAUAAAUUAUAAUUAACUCUACUCACUAGCAUAAAAGAAGAAGAACCAAUAAAGGAUGAACCCACAAAUUUAGCACAAAAAUAAUAAAGCUCUAUUUUAGAUGAAUAAUCAUAAAGUCUCACACCAAAAUUAAUAGAUAGUUAUAGAACGCAAUAAAGUGGAAUGAAUUCCAAUCAAAUAUUUCAGAAUCUAUUGAAAUUUUAAUACGAACACAUUGUAGAUUAUGAAAAUGUUGAGAUGAAGCAGAAGAAUCUUUAAAAAAAAUAAAAAAUACACAAUUAAACACUCUCUAAGCAGCUAUGGAGAUAUAAAUUUUUUAAAAUUCUUCUACUUGUAAACAAAUUUUUAUUUAACAUGAAAAAAUCCUUAGUUUAUACAAGACCUUACAUGCUUCAGAAGCAGCAUACUUAGGCUUUGAAUGAUAAAGCUGCUUUCAACAUUGUUCAGAACAGAUCACUUAAAAAGGAAUAUAGUACACCCACAAAAAGAUCCAACUUUGUUAAAAAAAUUCAUAAAAUGUUCCUCAAAUUUAAGAAAUAGAUGAAAUGCUUUUAUAAACCAAUUGUUAACUGUUUAUUAAAAUUCUAGUAUUGUGUUUCCACGAUAAAAGUCUUUGAGCCAUUCCAUCCCCUAUUAAUUUUCUGGGACUUUAUAAUAAUCAUUCAUAUUAUUCUUAAUUUAAUGAGUAUACCUUACGAAAUAUCAUUUUCUUUCACAAAUUCUCCUUACUUUAACCUCUCAAACUAUGUUAUUAUAAUAAGUGACUUUUUUAUAUAACUGAACACCAGCUUUUAUUACAAAGGUAAAACUGAAAUUAAAUAACAUCAUCAUAAUCUAGAGAAAUACAAAAAGGAAGAUGGUAGAUUCUAAAGAAUUACUUAAAGGAAUAAAUAUACGAUAGCUUAUCUAAUAAAAAUCAAACAUUUAUCAAGGCUUUCAGAUAAAAUAAGAGAGUAUUUUUAAAUUGAUGAUAAAUAUGCUUAAUUCACUAAUCUUACACUUUUGCUAAUACAAAUCUUAUAUUUGAUGCAUGUUUUUGCAUGUAUGUGGUAUAAAAUAGGAGUUUACGUAGAUAGAGACUUAUAAGAGAAAUCAUGGAUAUAAAAUUUUAAGGUUAAAGAGACGAGUGAAUAAGUUUAUUAUGUAAACUCAAUUUAUUUUGCAAUAGUUACAAUUAUAACAAUUGGUUAUGGAGAUAUAACUCCAAUUCAUUAUUUAGAAAAACUGUUUAUAGUCUUCAUGGCAUUUCUUUCCUGUGUAAAUUUUGGUUAUGCCUUGAAUUAGAUAGGAGCUUUGAUAUAAGAAAUAAACCAAAGAAAGUAACAAUACAGGAUUUAAACAGCAAAUAUUAACAAAUAUAUGAAAGAGAUGUAAGUGACAAGUUCUCUUCAAAGUUAAGCUAGAAAAUAUUUGGAGUACGCAUUCUGUGAAAAUUUUAGUAAGAAUUAAACUUCAGUUUCAGUUCUUGAAAACUUGUCUUCUAAUCUUAAGAAUCUAAUUAAAAAGGAGGUACAUAUGAGAUACUUAAAAGAAAUACCUUGUUUGAGAUAAAACUUCUCAACUAAAUUUCUUGAAAGAGUUUCCUUGCUGUUUAAAGAAAAAAGUUAUGGCUCUGGAGAAACUAUAAUUGAUCAAUUCGAACUAAGGCAACCAACUUUACAAAUAGUGAUGAAAGGAAAGGUUUCUCUUGAAGUUAAAUAAAAAUAUUCUCAAACUGAUAAUAAAUUCUAAAAGCUAAAAAAAUAUUAAUACUUUGGUUAGUAUGAAUUUUUUACUCAAAAUCUUUAAAGUUUGCAUUCAGUUAACUCAAUAGGAAUUUCAACUUUACUCUAUUUAGAACUUGAUGAUUUUCUACAAUUGCUUGAUGAGUUUCCUGAUGAUAAAGAAGUUUAUUAUUCUCUAAAAGAUUAAUUAAAUUUAUAUUAAAUGUAUGGUGUAAUCAGCUAGUAAUGCAUUUCUUGCAGAACCUAAGGUCAUUUAAUAAACAGAUGCAGAUUUAUUUCAUAUCAGCCUAAUUAACUUAAAGUUAUAAGUAAAUAUGUUUAAGAAGAAGAUAAAUUGAUAAAAGAAAUUUAGAGGAAAUAAUAGAAGAAACAUAACACUUUACAGAGACUAAAUGAAAAUAAAUAAAUUGUAGAGGAAAUCUAAAAAAAUAGCAGUUUUGACGAGGAAUCAUUUUUGUAAGAUGAGUAUGAAAACACUGAUAACGUUUAAAGUUCUGAGUAAAGUAGAAGUAGAACAAUCUCAUUUGUUGAUUAAAAACAACAAAGAUAAUCAUAAGCUUAGGUCUUGGUUUCUUAAUUAAGUUAAAAUAAUAAAAGCCAAUCUUAGGGAUAGGCACUAGCAUCACAGCAAAGCAUAAAUAGUAGCCCUAUUUAAAAAAAUGAUAUCAAUAGAAGCAUCAAAAAUUCUGAUACAGAUGAUAAAUAAUUAAAUUCACCAAGAAAUACUGAUAGUUAAUUAGAUAUUAGUAUUGAUAGGAAAUCUACUCAGCAGAAUGAUUAAAUUUUGGAAAGUUGUAAUAAUAUAAUUUCAUUUAAUCUGAAGGUUCUUCAUCCUUAUGCAUAGAAUCUGCAAAAUCGUAUAAAAUUUAUUUUCCACAUAAUAACAUAGAAAAUCUCAAAGUGA